CUUCUUACACUGCUGCAGUGUGUCUGUCUCAGAUGUGUGUAUAGGCACCUUUCUUUGUGUGAGCUUCAUUCCAUCAUGCCCAAAGCAUUCCUGUGGCUGUGUGUUGCCCUGUUGCUGUGUGUGCUACUUGGGCCUGUGCAUGGAGCCACACUGAGAAACAAAGAGAAGUGGAAGCCACUCAACAACCCCAGAAACCGAGAUCUGUUUUUCAGAAUCCUUCAGGAAUAUUUUAAGGGAAGAGGUCUUGAUCUUGGCAGGUUUCCAAGUACUUUCUCCAUGAAUGAGAAUCCCAGGCCUCUCUCUUUACAAUCAGAACUUAUUGCUUCUGCAUUUACAGAUUAUGAAGAACAGAAAAAUUCCUUUCCCAGUUACCUCAAAGGCUAA